CGGUAUUUUCUUGUUGGAAGUAAUCCUGCAGAAACCAAAUACCGUGUUUUGAAAAUAGAUCGCACUGAACCAAAGGAUUUGGUUAUAAUUGAUGAUAAGCAUGUGUAUACACAACAAGAGGUGAGGGAACUUCUUGGUCGUUUAGAUCUGGGAAACAGAACAAAGAUUGGGCAGAAGGGCUCUUCUGGGCUAUCGCGAGCUGUCUCUGCGUUUGGUGUAGUAGGUUUUGUCAGGUUUUUAGAAGGCUACUACAUUGUGUUAAUAACAAAAAGAAGAAAAAUGGCAGAUAUUGGAGGUCAUGCAAUAUAUAAAAUAGAAGAUACAAAUAUGAUCUAUAUUCCAAAUGACUCUGUAAGAGUCACUCAUCCUGAUGAAGCCAGGUAUCUGAGAAUCUUUCAAAAUGUGGACCUUUCUAGCAACUUCUAUUUUAGUUACAGCUAUGAUCUAUCUCACUCCCUUCAGUAUAAUCUUACUGUCCUGAGAAUGCCACUUGAGACAUUAAAAACUGAAAUGACCCAGACCCGACAAGAGAGUUUUGAUAUAUUUGAAGAUGAAGGACUUUCAACACAGGGUGGAGGUGGUGUAUUUGGGAUUUGCAGUAAGCCGUAUGAAAAGUAUGUGUGGAAUGCCAAGCUUUUGGAGGCAGUAAAAAAUACUGUUCAUCGUGACUGGCUGCUGUACAUUAUCCAUGGAUUCUGUGGGCAGUCAAAACUGUUAAUAUAUGGUCGCCCUAUAUAUGUCACUCUGAUAGCCAGAAGAUCAAGCAAAUUUUCUGGCACACGUUUUCUGAAACGAGGAGCAAACUGUGAGGGGGAUGUUGCUAAUGAAGUGGAGACUGAACAAAUACUUUAUGAUGCUUCAGUUUUGUCAUUUUCUGCAGGCAGUUAUUCUUCCUAUGUUCAGGUUCGAGGAUCUGUCCCUCUGUACUGGUCUCAAGAUAUUUCAACUAUGAUGCCUAAGCCACCCAUAACAUUGGACCAAGCAGAUCCUUUUGCACAUGUUGCUGCUCUUCACUUUGACCAAAUGCUUCAGAGAUUUGGCUCUCCCAUUAUCAUUUUGAAUCUUGUGAAGGAACGUGAAAAAAGAAAGCAUGAAAGGAUUCUUAGUGAAGAACUUGUUGCUGCUGUGACAUACCUCAACCAGUUUUUACCCCCAGAGCAUGCCAUUAUAUAUAUACCCUGGGAUAUGGCCAAAUACACAAAAAGCAAACUUUGCAAUGUCCUUGAUAGACUGAAUGUGAUUGCAGAAAGUGUAGUAAAGAAGACUGGAUUUUUUGUAAAUCGACCCGAUUCCUAUUGCAGUAUCUUGCGGCCAGAUGAAAAGUGGAAAGAACUGGGAGGUUAUGUUGUUACCACUGGUCGCUUGCAGACGGGAGUUCUUCGAACCAAUUGCGUGGACUGUUUAGAUCGCACUAACACAGCCCAAUUUAUGGUGGGAAAAUGUGCUUUGGCAUACCAACUCUAUUCCUUGGGAUUGAUUGAUAAACCCAAUUUACAGUUUGAUACGGAUGCUGUUAGGUAAGUUGCAGUAAUAAAGUGUAUCAAG